AUAUAAAUGAGUCAAAUAUAAGUUUAAACUUAUUAAGUCAAAAUGUCUUAUGUCAACAACACCUUCAUCAUUCUCAUCAUCCCCACCAUCUGCAUCAUCCUUUUCAUCCUUCUACUUAUCACCAUCAGCAGCAACAACAACAGCAACAAGAGGAACAGCAUCAAAAUCAUCAAAUGAAUAAUAUUCAAUCAGAACAUUUGCAUUCAUCUCAUAAUCAAUGCGGAUUAGUACAAUUACCAGAUGUUAAUUCAGAGAGUGCAGGGGGGAGAAGGCGGAGAAUAACUAUGAAUUCAUGUCCACCGUCUAUAUCGGAGACAUUAUUGAUGACAACCGGUGAGAUAAUCAUACCUACUAUAGUACAUCAGAUGCUGAGGCAUUACCAACACCAACGCCACAACCACCACGACAGCCAUUAAUUAAUCAAUAUUCACAAUAUCAUUUAAGUAAUAAAUACUUAUCAAUAGAGAAAUUUGAAAAUCUUUCUCCAUAUACUACUACUACUACUAAUACUAAUGAGGAUGAUGGUAAUAAUAUGAAUGGUAAUUUGCCAAUGAUUACUACUCAGUCAUUCACAUCACCUUCGUUAACAAUGACAACAACAACGACAACACCUCCAUCCACAUCAUCAUCACCAUUGCUAUUAUCAACUCUACCAACAUUGUUCCAAUCCAAUUGUAACAGAAAUCGAUAUAUUUACUAUAAACAUUUGAAUCAUCGCAACUCUAUAACAAAUACACAAAAAUUAACAAAUAAUUUGAAAGCAUUCAAUGCCAAAUAUCAUUCAGGUGCAUUUCUAUUCAAUAAUAGUAAUAAUAACAGCAAUAACAGUGGUAGUAAUGAUGGUAUAAAUAGCAUGACUUCACCGAUAACACCAAUGUCAAUGACACAGCAUAGAGCAACACUUUGUGCUUUGAAUAUAAAAGACAGAAAACCGUGUGAUAUAUGCGGUGAUGUAGCUGCUGGAUUUCAUUGUAAUGCAUAUGUGUGCGAAGCCUGCAAGAAAUUUUUUAUUCGUAGUUCUAAAGGAGAGAAUUUCAGUAAAUAUACAUGUACGAAAUCGAAUACAUGUGAAAUUAAUAAAGAUACUCGUACACACUGUCAACGCUGUCGUUAUCAAAAGUGUAUACAACUAGGAAUGGUAUUACCGGGAGCUGCUGUGUUUCCAGUUACUGAUAUAUCAGAAAUACCAUGUCGUGUUUGUGGAGCAAAAUCAUCAGGUUUUCAUUUUGGUGCAAUAACAUGCGAAGGCUGUAAGGGUUUCUUUCGAAGAACAAUCAAUGAGCGAGAAAGUCAACGUUAUACAUGUAGAAAUGGAGGCAACUGUGCUGUUACCGGUGCUACAAGAAAUAACUGCAAAAGUUGUAGAUAUCGUCGAUGUUUAGCUGUGGGAAUGUCAAAAGAUGGCAGUCGUAUUGGUCGUCAACCAAAUGCUAUAAAACAUCGUUGUGCUGUUGAAAUUGAACAAAUUCGAUCAGCCAUAUCUAAUUCAGGCAUACAUUUAAAACAACAUUCAAUGUCCAAUUGUUCAACAGUAUCAAAUUAUAAUUUUUUAUCACCAACACCAUCAUUAAAUAAUUUAUCACAUCAAUUAAUUCAAACAGAUCCAUUGAACCAGUCACAAUAUGAAUAUAAGAUUGAUAAUCACAGGGAAAUAGUCAAUUCAAGUCAUAAGUAUUGUUUAAAUAAAUCAAUUCCGCCAAUUUCUUCUCAUGUCACACAUUUAAAUACAUUUCCAUACCAGCCAACAAUAACAUCAGAAAUGAAUAUUAAUCUAUGCCAUAUGCAACAAGGCAAUAAAUCGUGUCAAAUAAUCGAUGAUAUUAAAGAAAUAACACCAACAACAAUAAGCUCUGCGUCAAAUCAAACAAUAUCUCAUCCGUAUAACAAUAUAAGUGAACAACAAUUCUACGAAAAUAAAUAUCAAACUGGUCAGAAUAAUGAAAUAUUCAAUUCUACACCAUUAUCAACAUUGUCUAGAGGUGCUACAAGUGAUUGUGAUGGGAAGAUAACAGUAACCAUCCAAUCAGAUGCUGUUACAUGUUUAAAUAAACAAAAAGAAUUCAAUGAAUUAAUUCAUAAUGAUUAUUCAUCAAUUGGUUUGAUAAAUUUAUCCAGAGCAGCACAAUUCUAUAGUCAACACGAGAAAGACUUACAAAUACAAUAUGAGAAUAAUUUAAAAACUCAUUCUCCUAUAUAUAAAGAUAAUUUAAUAAAGUCAAAAAGAAAUAACUCUGGUCCUGCUACUACGACUGGUACUAUUAACAGCAACAACAACAUUGAUAGUAGUGACCAUGUUAAUGAAUACAGAAAAUCAAUAAAAGAUAAAGAGGAUAAUGAAUAUUUGCCUUAUGAAAAUAUACAAGUGAAAAAAGAAUUUAGUCAGUGGAAUGAUAAUAUAGCGAUAACACCAACACCAACCAAUGAGGCACAGUCACCAAUUAAACAAACAAUAAAUUGGAAUAUUGAACAAGGUGAAGUGCUGAAUUCAAUGAUUCAAUCUAAUUCAAAACAGAUUAUACCUAAAUUGAAGCGAGCAAAUACUUCUAAAAAUUUAAAAGUGCACAUGACAAAUAAAACAAUGUCAACUGAUGAUCCAAUUGAGUCGUCAAUACUACCAUCGUCAAACGUCAUAACCCAAGAGACUGCUAACUGUCAUUCCUAUUCAAAUCAUAAAGAUGCAUAUACAUUUGAUAUAGAAAUUGAUACAGUGAAGAAUCCUGCAAGGAAGUGUAGACAAGCAAGUGAUAGUAGUAGUAGUAGCAACAACAGCAGCAGUAUCCUUGAAUCACCAAUAAUUAUCACUGAUAAUCAAUUAAACACUUAUGAAGACAAUAACAGGAUUAAUAAUAGUAAUAAUAAUAUAGAAGUAUCUGAUGGCAUACACCCUGAAUCAAUCAGUCCAUGCAAUAAACAAACUGAUCAAAGCCAACACCCACGAUUAUUAAGUCUACUAGAGAAAAGCGAUUUAGACAUAGAAUUAAUGGAACAAUUGAAAUCAACAAGUCAUGCUGUGUCCAGUAGAGGUUUGCAGACAUGCUUAGAAGAAUUUCCAAUAUCAAAUAUAAAUUCAACAAAGCUAUGCUAUUCAUCAUAUGAAUCACCGAAUACAUUUUAUAGUAUUAUUUGUAACAAUGAAUAUAAUACAGCUAUGAAUAGUGUUGCUGGUAAUAAUAUGAAUACUACAAAUGUAAAUAAAACUCUACCCUUUUCAUCAUCGUCACAGUUGAUUCCAACAGUUAAAGAUACUUUCAAUACAUCAACUUAUCUUAAUUUCUGCAUGGAUAAUAAUAAAUACACUAUUGAUGAUAAUGAUAACACAAUCAACAAAUCAUCUUCUGAUUUAUAUUUUGGACAAAAUUUAUUUGACAAUCAAAAUUCACAAUUUCAUAUUCAAUGUCCAACUGAUAUUUCAAAUGAAUGGCACAAUGGCACUGUUCAUUAUUUAACGGGAUCGAAUAAUAAUAAUAACAAUAAUAAUAGUCGAUUUAUACAAAGUAAUAAAUUCCUACAGUAUAUUAAAGAUGCUGCUAAUCAACUGCUUCAUUGUAGAUGCAGAAUAUCACAAAAUUUCAACUUGACAACGCAUGAAACUAAACAAAGCGUUGACAUUCUAUGGUUAAAUAUGAUGAAAUAUUUUGAAAAUCAUAUUUAUGAAAUUAUACAAUUUGCCCAAUCAAUUCCAUGUUUUCGUCAGCUAUCUGAAUUCGAUAUGAAAGUGUUACUACAACAAAGCAUUUAUCCAAUUAUAUUAAUUCAAUUAUCUCAGGAUUUUAAUAUUAAAACAAAAGAAUAUACUUAUUUUGCCCUUAAUAAUAACAAUAAUAGUAAUAAUGAAACAAAUUUCAGUCAAUUGUCAAUAUUAAAAAUUUUAAUUGAACAAAUUCAUUUAACAGAAAAACUUCUGGAACCAUUAGAAUUAAAUGAAACAGAAAUCGGUUUAUUGUGUUGUAUGGAAUUAUUUCAAGCAGAUGGAAGAUUGUUAAAUGAACCGUCAAAGGUGGAUGAAGCCUAUCAAGAAGUACUUCAUGUAUUCAAAGAAUAUGAAACAAAUCAAUACAGUACAGAUAUACGCUUCUAUAAAAUUUUGGCUAUUCUAACAAAUUUAGAUAAAAUGAAUAAGGAACACCAAAAUGUGUUGAGAAUACUUAAAAAAGAAAAUAAUCCCAUACCAUUUCCUGAUUUAUAUGUUCAAAUUCUUCAGCUGGAUGAAUCAGAAUCACUUAUCGAUAAUGGACUACUACUAUUACUGCUAAUGAUGAUGAUUAUCAUUAUGGCAAAAAAUCAAUAUGAGAGACUCUGCAUUCAUUACAAUGAAUGAAUAAACUGAUAGUUGAAUAAUACUGCUAAUAAUAAUUUAAAAAAGAUAACUUAAAACAUUGUGCAAUUUAUCCCCAUUCCCUUUACCCUUAAAUAAACUCAGGUUUUUGAGUAAUUUACUCCUUGAUAGCACCAUGUACUUACUACCUUACUUGUGAGCGUGUGCAUGCAGGUGGACGGAUGGACGUAAUGUUUUGAAAAGACCAGUAAAAAAAACAAACAAACAACAAAAACCCGGUGUGGUAUAUUUGUUAGAAAAUGGCAGCUUAUUACUGAUAAAGUGUAAACAUGUUGUGUGUUGAGACAAAGCAGUUUGACUUCAACAAAAAAAAACGACGAUAACUUUAUGUUUAUUGUUUCCCUUGAAUUCCCCUGUCCCCUCCCCAAACCCCCAAUUUUGUUUUCUAAAAGAAAAAUAUCGAUGGAUC